CUGCAGCCGGAGACACUAAAGUCACGUGAGGAUUUAUUGUCAACAAUGCAUUCGUUGCACAGUCCUGACCAUUUUAGCACAUUUAGAGCGUAAAAAAAAUCUGUAUCUGCAAACUAGUUGUUGACAUGGACGAGGACGGAUUGCCCAUCGUGGGAUCAGGAGUAGAUCUGACAAAGGUUCCAGCCAUUCAACAGCGAAAAAUCGUCGCUUUCCUCAACCAGUUCAUCGUUAACACCGUCAGGUUCCUGAACCGGUUUUCCACAGUAUGUGAGGAGAAACUAGCAACAGUAUCAUUACGAAUCCAACAGAUUGAGACCACUCUAAGCAUUUUAGAAGCAAAGUUAGCUUCUAUUCCUGGUUUGGAAGAUGUCACGGUGGAUGGAGUGAGAUCAUCUACAGAGACAAACGGUCCUGCUGCGGCUGGCAGUCAUGCCACGGGCCCCGCUUUGGGUCCCCCUGUUGAGCAAGCACAAGUGGCCCCUCAGGAGCCGAAAGCAGAGGCCCCAGCAGAAAAUAUGAUGACUGUAGCCAAGGACCCGCGAUAUGCCAGAUACUUGAAAAUGGUGCAAGUGGGUGUUCCAGUCAUGGCCAUUAAAAAUAAGAUGGUAAUGGAGGGUUUGGACCCUGGUUUGCUAGAUACCCCUGAUGCACCUGUUCCAGAUGGAGGUAAAAAAGGAUUGGGAGAGCAAGAUGAUGACAGCUCAGGCAGCGAAUCAUCUUUCAGCGACUGAUCAGCUCCGCCCCUCACGGCUAAUGAGCGUUUUGUUGGACUUGUGUUGAGCCUUGCUCAUCUCAAAGGAGGGUAAAUGCAGUUGAAUGUCCUUACAGAGGACAGACACUUAGUGAUGGCACUAAGUUUGUUUUACAUCUCAGAGACAACAUACUUGACAUCUUUAGUGGUGGUUUCUGAGGGCACUUGCCUACUGGGUGAGAUCGCUAAUGAUUGUGAUGAUAAUUGGUCCAUUUCAGUCUGUUUAAGUGCUACUUUCAUGUGAAUUGUCAUGAAUCUCUCAUCUCUUGCCUGACAUGUACAUGUCAAAUGCCUAGUAUGUGCAUCUAAUAACAAUAAAAAUAUGCUAUUGAGUGUUUUAAUGAAGUGGACAAAAGCAGCCUUGUAAAUCUGUUCAUAAAUUGAAUGUAAAUGUUCAUAAAUUGAAUGUAGCAGAGUAAUUUGAUUUUUAUUUUUUUUUUUUGUAAAUGUAAAUUUAGUUGCAACAAUCUUAAACUGACUUUGAAUCAUAGUUUUAUCAAUAACAAAAAUGACUGUGUGUUAGAUUUGUUUGUAGGUUUCUAAUAAUACUAAGUGUUGCAGUCAUUACAGAUUUGCUUAUAGUGUCUUUUUCAAAAUCAAACUUGUUAUUAAAAGUUGUUAUAUCUGAAAUCA